UCCUAUAACAUUCAAUGAAAUUUGAAAGAUGUUUUUAAAGAAUGAUCAAAGAUUUGAUUCGACAAAUGAUUAAAAAAAAAAAGAUUUCUAUAAAAUAUAUAGGAAUAAAAAUUAAAGAAAAUGAACACGAUUGCAAAGUGUUUGUUGGAUGGAAGACUUUUGUGGAUGAUUGAUUGCAAUUUGAGCGAAAAUAAAUUUGAAAGUUUCGAGGCAAUAAAGUUGAAGAACGAAGAGAAAAAUGAUCAAGCAGAUGAAAGAUAACGAAAAAUGAAAGAUCUUUCGACUAGUAGUAAGGUGAAGGAACUUCAAGCUAUGCUUUUCCCGAUUCAACCGAUUCCUGGCAGUACGCUGGCAAAUUUAAAAAAACUUCAAGAAUUGCAAUUGCUGCAGUUAGGACAAUGUGAGAUACCACGACGAGAAACGGAAUUAUCAUUGUUCUCUAUUCCAUUUGGAACCAGAGAUAAUCAGUCGCAAGAGACUCUUCGAAGCUUAUUGGAUACUCAUUGCAUAAUAGAUGGAAUUACUCGUGAAGCUGCUAGAUGGCCUACAGAAUGCGAGGUACUUCCAGAAAGAGUACGACACAUUGAAUACGCUCCCCUCGUUCCAGAACCAUUCUACGUGCCAACCGGAAAGGAACCGAAACCAAAGCCAUUAGGAGAUGAGCUUGGAACUGUCAUAUUUCGAUAUCACCCAACUGGUGUCACUAGUUAUUUUAGUAGAUCUUGCGUAGGCGGGAACACAGUUCCAACGGAAUUUCCAACAGAUUUGGAUGAAAACGGGUCAAAGGAUGUUGACACUAGCGACAAUGUGUUCCUAUUAACCAAAGUGACUAAUGUAACGGAUACUAACACCGAUUUACAUUUUGAAUCCCGUUUCGAAUCUGGAAAUCUUUGUAAAGUAGUUAAGAUCACGGACACGUAUUAUCAACUCUAUCUUAGAAAAGAUCUUUAUACUCAAAGACACACGCAAUGGUAUUACUUUAGAAUAUCGAAUACAAGAAGUAGAACGAAUUAUAGAUUGUCUAUUGUGAAUCUUAGCAAAGAUGAAAGCCUCUAUAACGAAGGUCUUCGACCACUUUUGUAUUCAAUCGAAGACGCCAAGAAACGAGCUGUCGGUUGGAGAAGAUGCGGAGAAAAUAUUGCUUAUUACAGAAAUGAUUCGUCAAGUGACGAGGAAAAAGAAAAGCAUACAUUGACGUUUAACAUUUCUUUUCCUCACGACAGAGACACUGUCUAUUUGGCACAUUGUUAUCCAUAUACUUAUACCGACUUACAGGAAUAUCUCAGCAAACUAGUCGCCGAUCCCAUAAAAUCUAGAUAUACCAAAUUGAGAUUAUUAUGCCGUACACUGGCAGGAAAUGGAGUUUAUUAUUUAACCAUUACUGCCCCUACAUACGAGGAAGUACAAAGAAAAAGAGGUAUCGUUAUCACGGCAAGAGUUCAUCCUGGUGAAACACCAUCUAGCUGGACAAUGAAAGGAAUUAUUGAUUUUUUAACUGGAGAAUCGAAUCAAGCCAGAGUACUUCGUGAAAGAUUUGUGUUCAAAUUAGUUCCUAUGCUGAAUCCAGAUGGCGUUAUCGUAGGCAACAAUCGUUGCUCGUUAUCGGGGAAAGAUUUAAACAGACAAUACAGAACCGUGAUGAGAGAAAGCUAUCCCUCCAUAUGGCACACUAAAUUAAUGAUUCGCCGAUUAUUGGAAGAAUGCGGAGUGGCAAUUUAUUGUGAUCUCCACGCUCACUCUAGGAAGCACAAUAUAUUCAUUUAUGGUUGUGAGAGCAAAAAAACCGCUUCGCAUAUUAGACUUUCUGAGCAAGUGUUCCCUCUAAUGCUGCACAAGAAUGCAGCUGAUAAAUUCUCAUUCGAAAAUUGCAAAUUUCACAUGGAGAAGGGUAAAGAGGGUACAGGAAGGGUUGUAGUUUGGUCUAUGGGGGUGCAGAACAGUUACACGAUGGAAGCAUCGAUGGGAGGAACAAGAAUAGGUUCUAGAUCUGGGACCCAUUUUUCUACUCAAGAUUACGAGCAAAUUGGAAAAGUGUUUUGCGAGACUUUGUUGGAUUUUUUCGAUCCAGAUCCUGUCAAGGAAAGGCUUCGGAACAAAAUAAUUAUCAGAUUAAUGAAGGGUGGCUCGAGUGCCGAAGAACCAACUAACAUCGAUUUAACUGACUACUCCAGCGAUGAAGGAAACACAUCAGAUAAUUCAAUCUCAGAAGAAGAAGAAAUAGGAUUCUCGGAGGGCACAUGGACCUAUACUGUGAGGCAACCAAUUGUUUCACCGCAAUAUCUAUAUGCACCACCCCCUACACCAACAUUCAUUCCCCUUCGAAGCUUAGAAUUGACUAAAAGAAGGAGUAAAAAAGGACUACUGGCCACUAACAAAAGCUAUCUUCGACGAAGAAAGAUGCUGACGAGAAGGACAGUGAUGGAUUUGCCAACUACAGAUCCUGGUAGCGAUUUUUGCGAGUAUAAUGAUUCAGCGGAUGAAGAAACAACGAAACAAGAACAUUCUUCAGCAAAAAUUCUCGGAUAUUCUAAAGAAGAUGCUAUUCAAUUUACGCAGAAAGAAACAAAUGAUGUCACCAAUGAUAGUUUAGUAUUGCCGGAAAUAGCGAGAUCUCGUAGCAUAUCAUUGGACGAAAAUUUCAGUGUUAUUAAGGAGAAAGCAAAAGCGAACAGAGAAUCACAUUGUCUUCGCUUGGUCAGAACAUUGAGACACCAUUCCCCUGUUGCGUUAAGAAGUCAGGACAUACAAAUUAAACUUAGUUCACUGCGACAACAAAUAUGGAUGGGAGUUACGGAAAAUAUCGAGAAGAAUAUUGCGCAUCCUUUUGUACGGGAACCAUUAAGUUGGGGAAUAUCCAAUAUGGCGUUAAGGCAAGAUAAAACAGAUAGUGAGGCAUUGUUAAAAAGAGAUAUGAAAAAAUUGCAAUUUUUUGAAUAUUUUACUAUGAAAAGUAAUACAAAAGAAAUACAAAAUAAAUAUAAACAUAAAAAAUCGAUAUAUUCAAAUGAUACUAAUUUGCGAUUAGAAAAUCAACUCGAGAAUAUUGAACAGAAACCAAAGAAAAAGAAAGUUCCUCUUAAAUGGCAAAAAAUGACCAAUUCUAGAAUGGAAGAAAUGCGUCGUGGUAAAACAUCUUUUUUAACUAUUAAAGCAGAUUCUUUAAAACUAGUUACGCUCGAAAUGCCUUCUAAAGUACAAACGCGACAACUUAAAAACGAAUACAAAAGAAAACAUCACAAAAAUGGCUCUAUUUCUAAUGGGGAAAAAAUAUCGAGCAUUACAAAAUCCGAAAUGCAUUUGCAAACACAUUCACGAUCCCAUAUACAGUUACAACCUUUAAUUGUCCCUUUAUGCGACAGUUUUUCAUCAGAUGAUUCUGCUAAUUCUCAUACACAAGAAAUUUUAAAGAAAAAAUGUAAAAAAAAGAAACAAUCAAAAAAAAUAAAAUCGACUGCCAUAACAGGAAAGAAAAAACGUGCAAUUAGCGCUAAUACGUUACGUAAUGCGUAA